UGGAUAGAAUCAAUCCCAAAACCUCCCGGGGAAGGACAAGAACAUUUCGUUCGGCCCGGUCCGUGUCGGACCGACCGACCGACCGACCGAGCUCUUGCUGCCUCGACUCAACGCCCGGAAAAAAAGCUGCGAUUUUUAAUCGGUCGCGCACCAUGCAUUUUGUUUCUUCACGUUAUAAACGAGGCGAAAAACGAAGCCCACUGCUGGUUUCGUGCUUCCGCUCUUGCUCCACGACUUCCUUGAAUUUUCAUAUCGGUCUCUCUUCUGAUCAAAAGCGGUCGCUCCGUUUCUUCGAUGCGCUUCGCUUUUCCGGGUCCCGAUUUCCCUUUCCUUCUUCAUCUCCUCGUUCCCCACAUUCUUUGGUCGAUUUUGACGACCCGAAAUUUUCCUGAUUCCACUCUAGAUGCGAAUCCUUUUCUGGGUCUUGACUUUCCACCGUAACCGUAUUCUGGGUCAUCUUCAAAAUCUGAAAUUUUGUCUCCUUUCUCCCGAAUCCUGAAUUCGGUCGAAAACCAUGAUUUCCAUGUCGGGUUCUCGGUUGCUACCUCUUGGUUUGUCCAGUAAUUCUCCCCGACGUGUUGGGUUUUCCGUUCCGAGGAAAAGUGGUCUGGAUUCGCGUUGCAGUGAGCAGAGGAAUGUGGUCUGUGGGUGUAUGGCCCCUCCCACGAACCUGAGGAGCGAUGGAGUUUCGGUAACCAGGCACAAUGAUCCAUCAAAAGUAGGGAACUUCAGCAUAGUCCGGGAGCACAAGGAUGAUUCAGAUGUCCUCAUUGAGUGUAGAGAUGUGCACAAGUCAUUCGAGAAGCAUAUAUUGAAGGGUCUGAGCUUUAAGAUUAGAUACGGCGAAGCUAUUGGAAUAAUUGGUCCUUCCGGCACUGGGAAAUCUACAGUUUUGAAAAUUAUUGCAGGACUGCUUGCCCCAGACAAGGGAGAAGUUUUCAUUCGAGGAAGGAAGCGAAUCGGUCUCAUCAGUGACGAGGAGAUAUCUGGUCUGCGAAUAGGAUUGGUAUUUCAAAGUGCAGCACUUUUUGAUUCCCUCACCGUUCGGGAAAAUGUUGGUUUUCUCUUAUAUGAAAAUUCCAACAUGCAUGAAGAUAAAAUUACCGAGCUUGUGACGGAAACCUUGGCUGCUGUUGGAUUGAAGGGAGUUGAGGAUCGAAUGCCCUCUGAAUUGUCUGGAGGGAUGAAGAAACGUGUUGCUUUAGCUCGGUCUAUUAUUUUUGAUACCACAAAGGAUUCAAUAGAGCCAGAGGUAAUCUUGUAUGAUGAACCAACGGCUGGGCUUGAUCCUAUUGCUUCCACUGUGGUUGAAGAUCUUAUCCGAUCUGUGCAUACGAAAGGUGAAGAUGCACUUGCAAAGCCUGGGAAGAUAGCGUCAUAUGUUGUUGUUACUCAUCAGCACAGCACCAUCCAAAGAGCUGUCGAUAGGUUGAUAUUUCUUUAUGAGGGAAAGGUAGUCUGGGAAGGAAUGACUCAUGAGUUUACGUCUUCGGCAAAUCCAAUUGUCCGGCAGUUUGCUUCAGGAAGCUUGGACGGUCCAAUUAAAUACUAGUGUCUGAUGUAUACAAAAAUAGUCACGGUCUCAAGAUUCUUUGAAGAGGCGGGUCGAGCGGAUAGCAGACUGGUCGGGCCACCUGAUGUGCUGGCAUGCGCAACACGAUUAACUUACAUUCUAGGGGCUAACGGAAGUUGCAUUGCUUUGCGGACAUUACCAAGAUGGGUUGGGAUAAGCUAAUAAUACCUUCACCACAGAGGCAUCAGGUUGGUUGUUCAUCUGAUAAUUCGAUUUCUAAUAGCAGAAUCGAGAUCGUCAUGUCGAAUUUUAAUUUCUAAUGUUUUGGACAUUUAAGAUUUGACUCCAGAAGUAGCAUUUUUUGGACUGGACCAAGUUUACUGUAUUGUAUUUACUCUGUACCAUGUCAAAUGAGAAGCAACUCUCAAAGAAAAUUGGUUCAGCAGAAAGCAA